UAAAGGGGUUGUGAGUAGACUCGGAGGUCUCUCUCCAUCUUUCUGAUCUUCACUGCUUCUAUUGGGUGUACCUAUCAGGUUGGCAGGUGCGGAAGUAGAGAUGGAUGUCGGGGGAGUUCUGACUCCGGUUUCCAAGAAUCACAGGCCCGCAUUGCCGCCAAAGUCGUCGAAUAAAAAAAAUUAGCUACGAGCAGGCGCCUAUCUGCUAGGUAGGUAGCUUCGCGACGCCACCAAUCGGUGCAGAACAUGCAAGUGUCAAAUGCCCGAUCUAGAAUAUCCGUACCCCGACUGACAUGGAUAUGAUCCAGAGAAAGUAGUCCACCAGGCGCGCCGGGCACAGACGACGCGAAGCCAUGGCCUUCGACGACGACGCAGCGCCGGCUGCGCCCCAGCUCAGCGAUGGCGGCGCGGCGGCGGCGGCGGCGGCGGCGGAGGAGGAGAUUGAAGACGAGGUGCAGGACUUCAGACAGUUCUCUUCCGUGUUCAACAAGAAGGGCUUCUCGAGCCAGAGCAUCCGCAAGGGCGAGAAGGACUUUGAGGCACACGGGACGCGGGCGCAGGAGACGGCGCUAGAGCAGAGCCGCCGCGCCAUGGAGGAGGUGCUCGAGUACGAGAGGGUCCACAAGGCGAGCAACUGGUGCCGGGGCUGGUACUUUCCCAACGCGUGGGCCGACCACCCGGAGGACGGCGCUGGCGGCGGCGGUAGCGGUAGCGGUAGCGGUAGCGCCCCUAGGGCGGCGCGGGACCGGGACGACGCCGAGCAGAAGCGCGAGGUGUGCCCCCGCGACCGCGUCGUGGCCCUCGAGGCCGACUCGGGCCGCUGGCUCAUCUCGACGGGCAGGCACAUCCCCAACGUCAGCAAGACCCAGCCCGGGUGGAACAAGCUCUGGCUCCUGCCCGAGGAGGCGCUGUUCCUGGUCGAGCGCGGCUCGCUGGACCUCUGGUGGCCGAUCCGGCCUCUAGGGGAGCUCUUCCCGGGCACGCAAGCGCCGCGGCGUGCCUCUCCCGAAGGUGCCGAGGAUGGCGAGGCGGCCGCGGCAGCAACCCCGGCAGACGCCUCCGAGGAGGUCAAGGUAGACGAGUACGACCUCGGGGUGCCGCUCAGUUUGCAGGCGGCCUACUCGCUACUGAUAGGGCACGAGGGCGAGCGCGGAAAGGUGACGCUUGAGAAGUACCAGGUCUACGCCAACUUGAGGAGGUGUGGCUACAUUGUACUCAGGGCGCCCCUAUUGCCACAGAGAACCCCGCAGCCACCGACGCCGAAAGCACAUGCUACGAUAUGGCAGUGGUUAUUCUCACUCGUUCCCACGUUUAACGGGGGAGGCGCAGCAGCAAACCCACCGCCAGCGGCAUAUGGGCCGCUGGUCCGCCCCGGCCUGUACCGGUCAUACGAGAGGGUGUUUGAGCAGCUGCACGUCGUGCCCCGACACGUCCCCGCGGAGCACGCCCGGGAUCCGCACCACCACCCGGGCGCCACGGACCCGUUCCGGAUCCACUACCACGUCUGGAAGGCGUCCAACUCGGAAGGGUUCUCCAAGACGCGGCCGGGCCCGCCCGACUUCCACGUGGCCGUCGCCGACGCGCGCGACACGGCGGUGCCGUCGCUGGCCGAGGCCGACGCGCUGUUAGCCUCGAGCCCCUGGGACCCGCCGUCGCGCCGGUUCGGCGCCGGGCCGGGGCUGCUGUACCCGCGGCUCAAGCACGGGCACCGCAGCGUCGUCGUGGCCGUCGUGGACCGCGGGCUCGUCAACUACGUGCGCCUCGCCGAGGCCGCCUUUGGCGAGGAGCCCAUCUCGCCGCGCUUCGACGCGGCCGGCCCGCCAAGGGGCGGCAAGCUGGGUGGGAGGGGAGGAGGGAGGGGCGGCGGCAGAGGUGGCGGCAGGGGGGAGGGGCCGGGGAGGCGGGCGGGGACGUCACAGGGCGUGAAGAGGCGGGGAAGACACGCCGUCCUUUGAUAUAUGCUUGGGGGUAGUGACUCUACAUGGGCAGGUUGGAUAGAUGGUUUAUGGGUUGGGUAUGGGUCUGGAUAGACUCAUAGCAGAACCAACACAUUGAUGUGAAACCCCAUGGUGGGCUAUCUAUCUACCUGCUCCGUGCGGUUAUGAAACUACGACUCACUUUUGCCGAUAGCUCUCUCCAAGUCGCGGUAUAGCCCCACAAGACUUCGGAUUGGUAGGAAAUUAAAUGCUUGGCUGAGUGUG